AUGAAUUCGGCCGCGAAGAUCUGCCGCACCGAACGCUCCCGUCAGGUCAAGGGCGGCAGCGGAACAUCUAGCUAUAGUUUUAAAGAACCGGAUAAGAUUAUGUCCGGAAGUCAGCUCUCCGUACUCCCUCCCAAAGCCAACAACGCCCAAACCACCCAAAGGCCCUCCAGUGUCUCCGAAACAGAGCUUGCAAACCGCCUCCUGCACGAAAUCGCAGAAAUAGACCGCCGUCCCUCGGGCCCUCUUAUCCUUUACAAUCUCCUCUCACAGCCAAUCCUCCCUCCCACUACCACUACAGCCAACAUCAUCGCCGCAGCCCACAUGACCCCAGCCCAGAGCUCUCCGAUAACGACUCUCACAGUCACAGCGCCAGCACACCCAGUCCCCCACCCACAUCUCUACAAGGUUCUGGACUACGCAAUCUACCCAUUCUGCCCCCCGCCUCGCCGCAAACAACUUGCGGUAAAUCUGGCCGCACAGAAACAGCAAGCCAUUGCGCUUGCGGCGGCGACGGCGUGGGUGCGCGGCGGUGUGGCAGUUGCUCAGGAAAACAACGCUAUAGUUGUUGGAUCUGUUUUGGUCGGUGCAGAGGUGAAUGCCGCUGCUAUCAACGGCGCUACCGAGCCUACUCCUAGUGCUACGGUGAUGGCUGCUCCGCUAGCGACAAAAAAGAAACCAAACCGCAACCCGCGGGGGCCGUACAAGAAGCACCGGCGUGUGGAAUUUAUUGCCACAAUUGCCUCUAGUUCGACCACCGCUACUGCCACAACUGAUGGUGGCGAAAAUGAGGGCGAGGGCGAGCCCGCGGCGAAGAAGCGCAAGCAUGGGGGCGGACGCAGUAAGGGAGUGGUGGUGUGUAAUCUGUGUGGAAUCUUGUUUACGAGGCCGUUUACGCUGAGGAGGCAUGUGGCGAAUAUGCAUAAGGAAAGUGUGGAGUGCGUUUGUGGUGUUAGAUUUGAAGGGGAGGAGGAGAAGGGUGUGCAUCUUGAUGGGGGUGGAUGUGCUGGGGUUUGA